AAAUAGAGGAAUAUGAUUUCCAUCGGUAUAUUUACGGUAUAUUGUGAAAUUGAUACUGUAUUUGUCGGCAUUUUGGUAAAGCUUGUUAUCGAUAAAAUGGAACCGGAACAAAAUGCAAGCACCGAAACUGAGUCCGGCAUCGACCUGUUGGUCAUCGUGCUGGACACGAAUCCAUCACAGCACAUCGUCCGCCAGAACCCGCAGAACCUCACACAGAUACUGGAGGCGGUGAUCGCUUUCGGCAAUGCGCACCUCAUGCAGAAGGCACAGAACAAAUUGGCGGUCAUCUCCUGCUCGCAUCAUGCAACAAAUUUCCUCUAUCCACAGCCAAGGCGUCAGGUGGAACUGCGACAGAUUGACGGCCAGUACGAGGCCUUCAGCUUGGUGGAGAAGACAGUGAAGCAGCAGCUAGGCAGCAUUCUGAUGAAUGCCCCUAGCCUUAAUGCACCCUCUGAGAGCCUGCUGGCUGGCAGCAUGGCCAUGGCACUAUGCUACAUAUCAAGAUUGCAACGCAAUGUUGCCGCCGGCGUUAAGAUGCACUCACGCAUUCUGGUGCUGACGGGCAGCAAUGAGUGCUCCUCCCAGUACAUGACAUUCAUGAAUGUCUUCUUUACCGCACAAAAGCUGGGCAUCACCAUUGACACCUGCGCCUUGGAUAAAACUUUGAGCUUGCUGCAACAAGGCUGUGAUAUAACCACUGGCCAGUUCCUAAAGGUCACACAGUUGGAUGGCCUGCUACAGUAUUUACUGUGGGUGUUUCUGCCGGCACCACAGAUGCGUCACAAAUUGGUGCUGCCGCCACCGCCAAAGGUGGACUAUCGCGCCUCCUGCUUCUGCCAUCGAGAGCUCAUUGACAUUGGUUACGUUUGCUCCGUUUGCCUGUCGGUGUUCUGCAAAUAUAGUCCCAUAUGCACCACGUGCCACACAAUUUUCAAGACUCCGGGACCACUGCCCGUCAAGGCUAAGAAGAAAAAAAAGGAUAAGCAAAUGUAACUUCAAGAGAAGCUUCGUUGGAAUUCGCGGGAAAGGAACCGCGCUUGGCUUCCGGUUACUUCAUAUUCUAUAAGUUCAAACCUCAAUCCAUUUUCUGUACAUUUUGUACACUCAGGAACACAUUCUUUAUCAUCUUUCUCAUACAUUUCUUGUAAUUUUACUAAAAUACAUAGGGCCAAAGUUGGCUGGCAGAUAAGGUA